AUGAACGUUGACAUUCAGAGACUCAAGGCCGGAGAGGUCAACCUUGGUACCUCGAUUAUGGCGGUCCAGUUCGAUGGUGGCGUGGUCGUCGGUGCGGACAGUAGGACUACCACGGGCAGUUACAUUGCCAACCGUGUAACAGACAAGCUCACACACAUCCACGAUCGCAUCUACUGCUGCCGUUCUGGCUCUGCCGCAGACACUCAGGCCGUCGCUGACAUCGUGCACUAUUAUUUGCAAACAUACACUCAAUUCCGCGGCGAGCGGCCAACUGUUCACAUUGCAGCAGAGACUUUCCAGAACUUGUGCUACGAGAACAAGGAUGCGUUGAGCGCGGGUAUCAUCGUUGCAGGCUGGGACAAAGAGGUUGGACCUAGCGUCUACAACAUCCCUCUUGGCGGCGGUCUAUUCCGUCAACCAUGGGCGAUCGGCGGAUCUGGUUCUACAUACGUCUAUGGUUACUGCGACGCGACUUACCAGGAAGGCUGGGGUCGCGACCAGACCGUCGAAUUCGUGAAGAACACGCUGUCUCUUGCCAUGUCUCGCGAUGGGUCUUCCGGAGGUGUCAUUCGUAUGGCUGUCAUUACUGAGGGUGGUGUGGAACGCCUAUUCGUUCCAGGUAACGAACUUCCCAAGUUCUGGGAAGGUCACGAAGUACUCGGGAAGCCUGUCAGCAAACACACAAAUGCGCAGGUAGUCCCGAUGGUUGUUGAGUAG